AUGUUGGAUCGCCUGGUUGGGAAUUCUUCUCUACAGGUUCAUGCCCCAGAGCUGUUGGAGAUAAUCCGCAAUUUACAGCGGAAUGUUGACCUGCUAGACACGUUGCCCAUGGUUUUAACUCACAAUGACUUUUCACAAGUCAAUAUACUUGUUAAUGACGUUGGGAACGUGACCGGUGUGCUGGACUUUGAUGAGGCUGGAAUUGAGGCAUUUGGAAUGUGCACCUGGGGGUUAUACGAAUCCUUCUUUGGUAGUAUGGAGGAUAGCAGAUGGUCAUUCUACGACGAAAUGCCGCUACUUGCCGACACAUUUUGGGUAUCGCUCUGGGCUAACGUCCCGUCAAGCCUGAAGAAAGAAGAGAAGGAGAAAGCAAUCAAAGUUUCAUUAAGCAUCGGAAUUUUAAAUCGAUACUUCAUUCAGGGGAUGAUGAACACGAUAGAUCUAACGAGCCAAGUCCAUCGUCGGUCACUCGAGUAUGCAAAAGGAAUUUUGCCUCGGAUUUGGGGAAAUUAG